AUGAGCCCAACAAGCAAACGCAGCAAGAAGCAGCCACGGGAAAACGAUGAGGAAAAAGAAAGGGUGACAGCGCAAAGGCAACAUGCAGCAAGCUCUUACAAUCACAUUUCCCAGCUGAAACUGCCUGUUGGGUUGAAGGAGGAGCAGUUGUUGGUGUACGAGGGAUGCGCGUGCAGCACAGCGGGUACGCAGUCCACAUGUGUGGCCCAGUGUGCAUGCGCGCUGAGGUCGCGACCAGGACUCGUUCGGUUCGAGUGCAGCGAUGCUUGCAGCUGCGAUCCGGAAACAUGCGCACAGCGAACGUGCCAACGGCCUUCCAAGGCGGCACCACAUUUGGUCGUCUUCGACUGCGGCGGCAGCAAAGGGCACGGGCUCAAGACCACUUGCGCCAUCCCCCGCGAUGCGUUCGUGCUGCUCUACCUUGGUGAGGUCAUCUCCCUCCCAGAGGCCCGGCGCAGGGCUGCCAAACAGGACAGGGAUGGGCGACCCACCUACCUGAUCAGGCUGCAGGAGCAUUCCACAGGAUCACAAGCCCGCACGAUCGUCACCUGCGUCGAUGCAGAGAUGUAUGGCAACGAAGCGCGCUUCAUCAACCACUCCUGCAGCCCCAACUUGCGCCUGGAGGUGGUGCGCUGGCACUUUAUUCCGCACAUUGCGUUGUUUGCCUCACGCGACAUUGCUGAUGGAGAGGAGCUGACCUUUGACUAUGGCGUGGCUGAUGCUGCUGCUGGUGAUAGUGGUGAUGAUGAUGGUGAUGAUGAUGAUGAUGAUGAUGAUGAUGAUGAUGAUGAUGAUGAUGAUGAUGAUGAUGAUGAUGCUGCUGCUGGUGAUAGUGGUGAUGAUGAUGGUGAUGAUGAUGAUGAUGAUGAUGAUGAUGAUGAUGAUGAUGAUGAUGAUGAUGAUGAUGAUGAUGAUGUCGGGGGUGCUGUCGGGGGUGACGUUGGUAUUGUAGGCAAAGAGGCUCUUGGUGUCGGGCCGUCCCGCACCCCCUGUUUGUGUGGGGCAUCCGUAUGCCGCGGGUUUCUUCCCCGCCACGACUUUGGACCCACCAGCUAGCCUGAGCGCCUGCGCGCACUCGCGUAUGCGCGUGUUCAUGUGGGUAAUCCGCACGCGUGUGCACGUCACAAUGUGUAUAUCGUGGUGUGUAUAUCGUGGUGUGUACAUCGUGGUGUGCAUUGGUUUCCACAUGCACACGUUAUUUCGCGCUCUCUCUCUCUCUCUGUCUGUCCGUCUGUGCCUUGUUACGUGUGCGUGUAGGUGGUACACAGUGGCCGAGGCGUUGCCUUUGCGUGUGCUAUUGAAGUGCUUGAAAACAUGGCAGGUGCCUUUGUGCUGAGUGGCAUUUAUUUACAUCGUCGUUCACAACGUCCUGUACACGCACACCUGCGGAAAAACAAACUCAUAAACGAACACAGCCACAA